CCACCUGUCGUUGUCGAUCUGAUCUGUCUCGCGCUGUCUGUGUUGGUGUUGGUGGUGUUCCGUGGUUUUCUUUCUAUCGAUGUCGAUGUGACAGAUCUGUCUGUGUUCCGCAGUUUUGAUAAGUUAAGAAACACAUUUGAAGUAUUAAAGCAUCGAAGGAAAUGUCUGUAGCGAAUAACACAAGUGGUCGUACAAACAGCAGAAAAUUUAAGUGGGCUUUGGAUCUAAAUUCAAGAUGUAAACAAGAAAAGGCGGCAGACCUGGCUUCACCCCCAGGGUACAACUUUUCUGUGGGCCAGGUUUAUACUGAAACUUCCAAAGAGAAUGAUGCAAACCAUUUAAUCAUCAAGAAAUCUUGGGACUUAGCUCUCGGACCUUUAAAGCAAGUGCCAAUGAACCUGUUCAUCAUGUACAUGGCAGGAAACUCGAUAUCCAUUUUCCCUAUAAUGAUGGUCGGGAUGUUGAUCAUUAGACCAAUUAAAGCCCUCUUCACUAUGCAAACAACUUUCAAGAUGAUUGAAGGGAGUCAUGCUGCCGGACAGAAGAUUGUUUAUUUCCUCGGCAAUAUUGUCAACAUCGCACUGGCCUUGUACAAGUGUCAGUUCAUGGGUCUGUUACCAACUCACACUUCUGAUUGGCUGGCUUUUGUUGAACCUCAGAUAAGAAUGGAGUACAGUGGUGGAGGCGCAGUCUUCACAUAACCUUCAGCCAAAGACAUUCUUGUGAAUUACUUUCACAUUUAUAUACAAUUUAGUGUGUAACUGUAUUCAAAAUAGCCACAUGGAUGUGUUACUGAGAUAAAUAUUCAAUGGUAAUAUUAUCAUUCAAGUGUAAUAAAGUAUUGUUGUAUUUAUAA